AGCUCACUCACUCCACAAAGCAUUUUACUUUUCAGUGUUCGUUUCUACGUAUUCUCUAUUAAACAAAUCUUGGGAAUAGACUAGUCUCUGUGUUUAGAUUUUGAUCAAAAUGGCUGAAGAAAACCAGCAGAAGAUCGAGACCACCAGCCCUGUUGUUGGUGAUGAGGGCGUUGAGGCCAAGGACCGAGGGCUUUUCGGUUUUGGGGGGAAGAAAGAGGAGGAGGCGGUGGCUUCUGAGUUUGGGGAGAAGGUCAAGGUUUCUGAAACAGAGCAUAAACCAGAGGAGGAAGAGAAGGAGAAGAAGCACGGUAGUCUCCUUGAGAAGCUACACCGUACCAGCAGCAGCUCUAGCUCUUCAAGUGAUGAGGAAGAAGGCGAAGGAGAGGAGAAAAAGAAGAAAAAGAAGGAGAAGAAGAAGAAGCCUGAUGAAGGAGACUUUACUGUCCCUGUUGAGAAAAUUGAGGAGCCAGCUGCUUCUGAAGAGAAGAAGGGAUUCCUUGAGAAAAUCAAGGAGAAGCUACCAGGUCAGCACAAGAAGACUGAAGAGGUCCCUCCUUCUCCUCCUCCACCUCCAGCAACGGAGUCUGCAGCAACUACUGAGGCAGCUCAUGAAGGAGAGGCCAAGGAGAAAAAAGGAUUCCUUGACAAGAUCAAGGGAAAGCUUCCUGGGUAUCAUGCCAAGACUGAGGAAGAGAAGCAAAAAGAAAAAGAAAGUGCUUCCCAUUAAGAAUACAGCGCCUAUGUUUUUUUGUGAAAUGAUGAUCAUGGUCGUCCCUGUCUGCUUUGUUCUGUUGUUUUCUUUCUUCCUUUUUUUUGGGUAGAUUGUUUUAUUUCAAAGUCUUGGUUUUUCAUUCAUGAUCUUGUUACUUGUUUUGGUUUGAAUACUCACAUGGUUGUACGUGUGCAUAUAUAUAUACAUGUGUGUGUGUGUGUAUGCAAGUUUCCUAAAAUGUUUUGUGAACUUCUUCUCGACAUUUAAUGGACUAGUAUGGAUUGGUGUCAA